CGUGGGAAGCUGCUCCUAGACCUGAGUUGAAAGGCAGUUUCCUGACAUCGUCGCUUGUAGCCUGGAUCUAGAAGGAAAGGAGCGGAAAAGGAUCUUCUGCUGAAAAUGCAGCGCAAGAAAGUAGAUAAUCGUAUUCGGAUACUCAUUGAAAAUGGAGUGGCUGAGCGGCACAGGACACUCUUUGUCGUAGUAGGGGAUCAUGGCAAAGAUCAGGUGGUCAUACUCCAUCAUAUGUUGUCUAAAGCAGCUGUAAAGGCUAGGCCGUCCGUAUUAUGGUGUUAUAAGAAAGAGCUGGGCUUUAGCAGCCACCGUAAGAAAAGGAUGAGACAGUUGCAGAAGAAGAUUAAAACUGGAAUGUUAGAUCUGAAGCAAGAUGACCCCUUUGAGUUGUUCGUGGCAGCCACAAACAUUCGUUAUUGUUAUUACAAUGAGACACACAAAAUUCUUGGGAAUACAUUUGGCAUGUGUGUACUCCAGGACUUUGAAGCCUUGACACCCAAUCUGCUGGCUAGAACGGUGGAAACCGUGGAAGGUGGGGGCAUAGUUGCGAUCCUUCUGAGAACAAUGAACUCCUUGAAGCAGCUCUACACCAUGACCAUGGAUGUGCACUCUCGCUACCGGACAGAGGCGCAUCAGGACGUGGUAGGCAGAUUUAAUGAAAGGUUCAUUCUCUCUCUGGCCUCUUGCAAGACCUGCAUGGUAGUUGACGAUCAGCUUAACAUCCUCCCCAUCUCUAGCCAUGUGGCAAACAUAGCCGCUCUCCCACCCCGGUCUCAGGAGGAUAGCCUGAGUCCUCAGGAUGUGGAGCUGAACGAACUAAAGGAGAGCCUCCAAGAUACACAGCCUGUAGGAGUGUUGGUUGAUAGCUGUAAAACCCUGGACCAGGCAAGAGCGGUUUUGAAAUUCAUUGAAGCCAUUUCUGAGAAGACGCUGAGAAGUACCGUGGCUUUAACAGCUGCCAGAGGACGUGGAAAAUCAGCUGCCUUGGGAUUGGCUAUAGCUGGAGCAGUGGCUUUUGGCUACUCCAACAUUUUUGUCACAUCUCCCAGUCCAGAUAACCUUCAUACUCUCUUUGAAUUUAUAUUUAAAGGCUUCGACGCUCUACAGUAUCAGGAACACUUGGAUUAUGAGAUUAUUCAGUCUCUCAACCCUGAAUUUAGCAAAGCAGUCGUCAGAGUGAAUGUGUUCCGAGAGCAUAGACAGACUAUUCAGUAUAUCCACCCUGCUGAUGCUGUGAAAUUGGGGCAGGCUGAACUUGUGGUGAUUGAUGAAGCUGCUGCUAUCCCUUUGCCCCUGGUGAAAAACCUACUGGGCCCUUACUUGGUCUUUAUGGCGUCUACAAUCAAUGGAUACGAGGGCACUGGUCGAUCCUUAUCACUGAAGCUGAUUCAGCAAUUACGGCAACAGAGUGUGCAGGCCCAAGCCAGUGUGACGGCGGAGAACAAAUUGACAACAACAGCUAAACUGUCCUCAGCCCGUACACUGCACGAAGUUUCCCUCCAAGAGUCCAUCAGAUAUGAUCCAGGAGAUCCUGUGGAAAAGUGGUUGAAUGACGUGCUCUGCUUGGAAUGUCUCAACAUCACAAGGAUUAUAUCUGGCUGCCCUCUGCCUGAAACCUGCGACUUAUACUACGUGAACAGAGACACCCUGUUCUGUUACCAUAGAGCAUCAGAAGCUUUUCUUCAGAGGCUGAUGGCUCUGUAUGUGGCUUCUCAUUACAAGAAUUCUCCCAACGAUCUCCAGAUGCUUUCCGAUGCACCUGCGCAUCACCUCUUCUGCCUUCUGCCACCAGUGCCGCCUACCCAGAAUUCCUUGCCAGAAGUCCUGGCUGUCGUUCAGGUGUGUUUGGAGGGCGAAAUCUCCCGCCAGUCUAUUAUGAACAGCCUGUCUAGAGGGAAGAAAGCUUCAGGAGAUCUCAUUCCCUGGAGCGUCUCAGAGCAGUUCCAAGACCCUGAUUUUGGGAGUCUCUCUGGCGGAAGAGUUGUUCGCAUUGCAGUCCAUCCUGAUUAUCAAGGGAUGGGCUAUGGCAGCCGAGCUCUUCGCUUGCUACAGAUGUACUAUGAAGGCAAGUUUCCUUGUCUGGAAGAAAAAGUUAAUCAGAAACCAAGGGAAAUUGCUACUGUGAGCAGCGAGGCUGUCAGUUUAUUAGAAGAAGCUGUGAUGCCUCGGAAGGACUUGCCCCCUCUGCUGCUCAAACUGAGUGAGAGACAGGCUGAGAAUCUUGACUACCUUGGCGUUUCUUAUGGCUUGACACCACGGCUGCUCAAAUUUUGGAAGCGAGCUGGAUUUGUUCCAGUUUAUCUGAGGCAAACUCCAAAUGAUCUGACUGGGGAGCACUCGUGCAUCAUGCUGAAGACGCUGAAUGAAGAGGAGGACACUGAGCAGGAGAACUGGUUAACAGCCUUCUGGAAAGACUUCAGGAGGCGGUUCCUGUCCCUCUUGUCAUAUCAGUUCAGCACUUUCUCCCCUUCGUUAGCUUUGAACAUUUUGCAAAACAGGAAUAUCAAGCAACAGUCACAGCCCCCAAUCAGCCGUAAUGAAUUAGAAGCUGUUUUCAUCCCUUAUGACCUGAAGAGGCUGGAAAUGUACUCGAGGAACAUGGUUGACUAUCACCUGAUUAUGGACAUGAUCCCAACUAUCUCUAGGAUGUACUUUCUCAACCAGCUUGGGGACAUGAGCCUUUCUGCUACGCAGUCUGCUCUUCUUCUUGGGAUUGGUCUCCAACACAAAUCUGUGGAUCAGCUGGAGAAAGAGAUAGAGCUGCCUAGUGGCCAGUUGAUGGGCCUCUUCAACAGAACCAUCCGUAAGGUUGUUCAGUUAUUCAACACUGUGCAGGAAAAGGCGGUGGAGGAGCAGAUGACAGCAACAAAAGAAGUUGUAAUGGAGCCAACCCUGAAAUCUUUAAAUGAGGAUUUGGAAGAAGCAGCAAAAGAAUUUCAGGAAAAACACAAGCAAGAUAUUGGGAAGUUGAAAGACCUGGACCUUUCACAAUACGUAAUCCGAGGCAACGAUGAAGAAUGGAGUGAAGUGCUGACCAAGGCAGGACAGAGUGCUUCUGUUGUCACCCUGAAAAGUGACAAGAAGAGAAAAUCAGACGCCACAAUCGAACCAAAACAGGAGAAGAGAUUUAAGAAAAAUCCCCAAAAGCAAAAGUGGAAGAAAUGAUCCAAAAAACCCUACAUGUGGACUUGGGACUCCUGUUUUGUGGGAACCUGAUUUCUUUUCCAAAGAAAAUUACUUUAAGCUAUGAGCAAACCAUACCCUGGAGUGGAAAGGCCUGAAGGUUUUUUUUUUUUUUAAUAUAGAAGCAGCCUUGAAGCAACACAGCUCGGAAGAUAUUUUUUAUUGCUGCCAGCUCAGCAUUUGUGUUACGUUAAAAGGAACUGUAGAGCAACAAACUGGAUUAUUACCAGGAAUCAUGACUCCUUACUGUUGAGCCCAGCAAAACUGCUGUACUGUGUGCCUCAGAGACCUAUAAACAUCUUUCCUUUCUCUUUA